CUCAGCCUCAACAGUGAUCUGAGUCUUCUUUUAGCUUCCUUUCGCCUGCCUUGCCUUGUUUCUGUUCAAGAACAGCUCUGUUUGGCCCCUAGAUUAGAGAAAGGCGCCUCCUCCCCCUCUCCCAAGAGAGUUUCUUCUAAGUGCUCAGAUAUGGGGAGUGGGGAACCUAAUACUGCUGGCAAGAAAAAGAAGUACCUCAAGGCGGCCCUGUAUGUGGGUGACUUGGCCCCUGAUGUCACAGAGGACAUGCUCUAUAAGAAGUUCAGACCUGCUGGCCCUCUACGCUUCACUAGAAUCUGCCGUGACCCGGUGACCCGCAAUCCCUUGGGUUAUGGGUAUGUUAACUUCCGCUUUCCUGCGGAUGCUGAGUGGGCCUUGAAUACAAUGAAUUUUGAUUUAAUUAAUGGUAAGCCAUUUCGCCUCAUGUGGUCACAGCCAGAUGACCGCUUAAGAAAGUCUGGAGUUGGAAAUAUAUUCAUCAAAAACUUGGAUAAAUCCAUAGACAAUAGGGCCCUGUUUUAUUUAUUUUCUGCUUUUGGGAACAUUCUUUCCUGUAAAAUUGUAUGUGAUGACAAUGGCUCCAAGGGUUAUGCCUAUGUCCACUUUGAUAGCCUUGCUGCUGCCAAUAGGGCUAUCUGGCACAUGAAUGGAGUCCGGCUCAACAACCGUCAAGUGUAUGUGGGCCGAUUCAAAUUUCCUGAAGAGAGAGCAGCUGAAAUCAGAACAAGGGAUAGAGCAACAUUUACCAAUGUUUUCGUGAAAAACUUUGGAGAUGACAUGAAUGAUGAAAAACUAAAGAAACUUUUCAGUGAAUAUGGUCCAACUGAGAGUGUUAAAGUAAUAAGAGAUGCCAGUGGAAAAUCUAAAGGCUUUGGAUUUGUAAGGUAUGGGACACAUGAAGCUGCCCAAAAAGCUGUGCUAGACCUGAAUGGCAAGUCAAUAGACGGGAAAGUCCUGUAUGUAGGGAGAGCACAGAAAAAAAUUGAACGCUUGGCUGAGUUAAGACGGAGAUUUGAAAGGCUGAAAUUAAAAGAAAAAAGUAGGCCUCCAGGAGUGCCCAUCUAUAUUAAGAACCUGGAUGAGACCAUCGAUGAUGAAAAACUGAAGAAAGAAUUUUCUUCGUUUGGAUCAAUUAGUCGAGCCAAAGUGAUGAUGGAAGUGGAACAAGGCAAAGGAUUUGGUGUUGUUUGCUUCUCUUCCUUUGAAGAGGCUACCAAAGCAGUAGAUGAGAUGAAUGGUCGUGUAGUAGGCUCUAAGCCACUAAAUGUCACUCUGGGCCAAGCAAGGGGCAGGUGGUGAGAACCACAAUGAUCAGUUUGUUUAGGCUUAGCUGUUACCUACUUAGCUUGAGCGCCUUUGUAGCAGGGGGUUAUUUCUGUCAAUUCACAGAUUAUUGUUUUGUUUUGAUUUGUUUUUUUUUUUGUGUGUAAAAACUUAUUUUGGCGAGUGUACAGAGAAUAUCUUUUUCGUUAUACUGAAGAACAUAAUUUUCAAAUAUAAAAUUGUCAGUUAUCUGAAUUUUUACAUAAUCUUUAUCCUUAGUAAAUUGUAGAAUAAAGGUUAUUCCUCUUAAUUUUUAUGAAUUGCAUAAGUGAUCCAGUUGAUUAUAUUCUUGUCUUCAUUUUAAUAAUACUAAUGCAAUUACUACCAUGAAAAUAUUAUUAGCAUUGUCCUUUUUUCUGAUUCUGGCAAAGUGAAAAGUCACCACUUGCUUUUUAGAGAAGUCACCAAAGGAGAGGGAAAUGCAUAUGAAACACUUAAAUUGAUAUAUAUUUUCAUUUUAAAUUAUGAAUAGUAUUUCUUAUUUAUUUGUAUUAUUUUUCUUUUAUAAAUAUAUUGGGAGCAUUCUACUGAUUUGUAAGUGUCUUUGAAGAAGUAUUAGAAAUUGCUUUUAUUAAUGUCAUGCUCUUGCUUUGCAUUUGGUGCUUUUAGAAAACUGUUGCAUUAAUAAAUGUCUAUUCAAAAUCUGAUGGUGACUUAAAAAUAUUUUCCAGGAUAUUUAAUAUUUGAUGAUAUUCUAAGAACCAUCCUUAAUAGCUGUUUUUCUAAAUGUAUAUAAUUCAUACCUACAGGUAGACUAUGUUAAAAUAGAAAGAUUAUUUAAUAUUGCACUAACUUUUUUUUACCUUUAAAAAUUUUAUACACUGCUGCUGAAAAAUUAAUGACCUGUUGUUUAUUGUUAACCUUGAUUAUAUCCAUGUGCAAAGAUUGAUAGUUGUGUCAUUAAGGAAGAAAUUUUUCUUUGAAUAAGUCAUAAUUCUCCAUCCAUUAUGUAAGCAUUAUUAACUCCCAAAGAUUAUCCUUUGCUCCUUCAAAUAGUUUAAAACAAAACGUGCUGUUUAAGCAUUAGGGACAAAAAAAUUGUUUUGCAGCUUCUUCAUGUGCAAUAUAAUUUCCAAAAUACAAAUUCUCCAUGUUUCAUUGCAAUAACCUCUUCUCCUAACUUUAAUCUUUUAAUUUUAAUUCUUAACAUCAGAAUAAGCAUCUUUGAAAAUUAGAAAACCAAUCAAAUUGUAUGAAACUUAAAUAACUUUCUUACAAUAUAUAAUUCACUCAUAAGAUAGAUCCAGUCACAGGAACAUGUUUGAUAUCUCUUUU